GAAGCGAACAACCACUGAGGCUGUGCGUGUGAUCAGAGGGCCAACAAUGAGGACGAUCAUCGCGCUCACCCUUGUCCUCGCUGUUGCCAGCGCCCAGACAGACCGCCACCUGCUGGCAAGCGCGCCUGCUCCAGCAACAACAAAGGCUACCACUGUGGGCUAUGGCCGCCACCUGCUAGCGUCCGCCCCGGCCCCAGCAACCACCAAGGCGACCACUGUCGGCUACGGCCGCCAUCUGCUAGCCUCUGCACCCGCCCCGUCAACCGAGAAGGCUCAAACCGUCGGCUACGGCCGUCACCUGUUGGCGUCCGCCCCCGCCCCAGCCACCACCAAGGCGACCACUGUGGGCUACGGCCGCCACUUGCUGGCAUCCGCACCGGCCCCUGCCACCACCAAGGCGACCACCGUCGGCUACGGCAGGCAUCUGCUCGCAUCUGCCCCUGCCCCAGCCACCACCAAGACAACCACCGUCGGCUACGGCCGCCACCUGCUUGCCUCAGCCCCGGCCCCUGCUACCACCAAGGCAACCCUCGUCGGCUAUGGCCGCCACCUGCUGGCAUCUGCUCCCGCGCCGUCAACCGAGAAGGCUCAAACUGUUGGCUACGGCAGGCACCUGCUUGCAUCUGCUCCCGCGCCGUCAACCGAGAAGGCUCAAACUGUCGGCUACGGCCGUCACCUAUUGGCAUCCGCCCCCGCCCCGUCAACCGAGAAGGCCCAGACCGUGGGCUAUGGCAGGCAUCUGCUUGCCUCCGCCCCGGCCCCUGCCACCACCAAGGCGACCACAGUUGGCUAUGGCCGCCACCUGCUAGCCACGGCCCCGGCCCCGGGCCCGGCUACUGAGAAGCUCUACACCGCUUACUACGGCCGCCACUUGUUGGCAUCAGCCCCGGCCCCUGCCACCACCAAGGCCACCCUCGUGGGCUAUGGCCGCCACCUGCUAGCCACGGCCCCAGCCCCGGGCCCGGCCACUGAGAAGCUCUACACCGCUUACUACGGCCGCCACUUGUUGGCGUCAGCCCCGGCCCCUGCCACCACCAAGGCCACCCUCGUGGGCUAUGGCCGCCACCUGCUAGCCACGGCCCCAGCCCCGGGCCCGGCUACUGAGAAGCUCUACACCGCUAACUACGGCCGCCACUUGUUGGCGUCAGCCCCGGCCCCUGCCACCACCAAGGCCACCCUCGUGGGCUAUGGCCGCUGAGCGUCAAGCUCGAAGGUCCGCUGCUGUCCGCACUGCAGUUGCGAUCAGGGGUCUAGAGCAAUUGUGCAGGUGCACUGCUCUGUCGUGGCGUGCAGCUUUUGGUUCUCCAAGACAACGAAUGAGGGGAACUCCUGCGCCAGCUGCUGGCCGCAGCAGACCGUUUCGCCGUGGCAGCGGCAUUUGGGCAUGGUCGAUUGUCAAAGGUUCUCUGUACAAGUCAUCCUGUUCAGUAUUUGAGUACCUUUCUGUAUGUUCUUCCUGUGUUCUGCAACAUCCAAGAGGGUUCAGUUUUCCGCCUGGAGAUGGCAGUUUACACCAUGACGAAAAGUAUACUUUUUUUCGCUCUUGUUUGAUCACCCGAGCCUGAAAAUAGGAGCGCUCAGGGAAUCAGCACAUUGCAGAUAAGUGUGGGUGAACGUUCGGAUUGACCGCUUGUAUGCUGCAUCCGGGUGCUGGAAAUCACAAGUCACGUAAGCCCUAAUUAUUGUGAACACAUACGGGGCCAUGCAUGUCAUAGUGCCCAUUGCUCGGCAGAGGCACAACAUUAUGUGCACACUUUGUGUGAGGGAUCUUGAGUCAAAUGAACACAACAUGGGUUUGGGGCUGUGGUGACUGAUUGCUUGUCUUGUCUCCUGAUGCACUGCAUCUUGGAUGGCGCUCUUUUGCAGCCUCAUGUGUGACUGUCUCCUGUAAAAAGCUUUUUUGCCGU